CACUCCGUGUCUGAGCAACUUCAGUGACACCACGAGGAAAGGUCUGUACUGGGCCAAAUGGCACACAUCCCACAUGUGGCAUCUUUCUUUCUCUUUCUGACUAAGCUCAGCCUUGGCCAGAGAGAAGUGACCGUCCAGAAAGGACCGCUGUUUCGGGCUGCAGGCUACCCCAUCAGCAUUGGCUGCAAUGUCACUGGCCACCAGGGACCUGCUGAGCAGCAUUUCCAGUGGUCUGUUUACCUGCCCAAAGCCCCGACCCAAGAAGUCCAGAUUGUGAGCACCAAGGAUGCCACCUUCUCUUACGCGGUGUACGCACAGCGGGUGCGAAGCAGGGGGAUCUACGUGGAGAGGGUCCGGGGCAACUCAGUCUUCCUGCACAUCUCAGAGCUCCAGCCAAAGGAUUCUGGCGAGUAUGAGUGUCACACACCCAACACGGAUGAAAGAUACUACGGCAAUUACAGCGCGAAGACUAGGCUAAUUGUUAUUCCAGAUACCCUCUCUGCCACCAUGAGUCCCCAGACUCUCUGUAAGGAGGAAGGCGAAUCAUUAGAACUUACCUGUGAAGCAUCCAAAGCCACAGCUCAGCAUACCCACCUCUCUGUCACCUGGUACCUGAUGCAGGAUGGAGAAAGAAACCAAACUACCAAGAUUAUUUCCCUCUCCAAAGAUUUCAUGUUGAUCCCUGGGCCCUCAUAUACAGAGAGGUUUGCGGCUGGUGACGUCCAGCUCAGCAAGCUUGGGGUCGCCACCUUCAGGCUGUCCAUAGGGAGGCUCCAGCCCUCAGAUCAAGGCCAGCUGUUCUGUGAGGCAACUGAAUGGAUUCAGGAUCCAGAUGAAACCUGGACUUUAAUCACAAGAAAGCGGACAGCUCAAACAGCUCUGAGGAUCCAACCAACAGUGAGAGAUUUUCAAGUCAACAUUUCAGCUGAGAGCACGUUUACUACAGGGAAAUCCUUAGAACUGGUCUGCCUGGUCGUAGGCAGUGGCCGGGACCCACAGCUUCAGGGCGUUUGGUUCUUCAAUGGUAAUGAGAUGGCCCGCAUGGAUGCUGGGGGUGUUCUGGACCUGAAGGGAGACUACAGACAGAGAGCAAGUCAAGGACAGCUCCAGGUUUCAAAGUUAACCCCCAAGGCUUUCUCUCUCAAGAUCUUCUCUGCGGGCCCCGAGGAUGAAGGCGCCUACAGAUGUGCUGUGGCGGAGAUGGCAAGAGCUCAGAUGGGCUCCUGGCAGGUGCUUCAGAGCAAGCAGUCACCAGACAGCCAUGUGCAUCUGAGGAAACCAGCAGCAAGAAAUGUGGUCUUAGCUACCAAGAACCAGCAGCAAGCCGUGUGGGAAGGAGAGGCAUUAACCCUUCUCUGCAAGGCAGAUGGGGCUGAGAGUCCCUUGUCUGUGGAAUGGUGGCAUCUUCCACAAGGCCAGAAGCAGCCAGAGUUGGUGGCUGGCAUGCAGCAGGAUGGCACCGUGCAGCUGGGGGCCUCCUACAAGGAACUCAAUAACCAGGGCUCCACAAGGCUGGAGAAAACGGACUGGGCUACCUUCCAGCUGGAGAUCAGCUCCACCAGCACCACAGACAGUGGCAUGUAUGAGUGCAGAGUGUCUGAGGGCACCCGGAACCAGGCCAGAGGGCGGAGCUGGACUCAGAAGUUGGCCGUCACUGUCAAAUCUCUGGAGUCAAGUUUAUGGGUUAAGCUGAUGAGCCGUCAACCCAAAGUGGAAUUAGCCAAGACCUUUGGCCUGUCCUGCAUAGUGGAGGCUGACUAUGCCAACCUCAGGGUGCCACUCACCAUGACAUGGCUCUUCCAACCAGCAAGAUCUCAAGUCUUUCAUCCGCUUGUUCGAAUCACCCAUAAUGGCACUAUUGAGUGGGGGGAUUUCCUAUCUCAGUUCCAAAAGAAGACAAAAGUUUUACAGUCCUCGUUUCAUUCUCAACUCCUAAUUCAUGAUGCCACUGAGGAAGAAGCAGGAGUUUAUCAGUGUAAAGUAGAAGUUUACGUCAGAAAUUCCCUAUGCACAAGCGGCCCCGUGAGGGCUUCUGCCGUCUCUCACUCACUGAUGAUAGCCAUCACUUUACCAGAAAGCAAGCUACAAGUGAACUCAAGCAGUCAAGUCCAAGAGAUCCUCAUCAACUCCAACACCAACAUAGAAUGUAGCAUCUUGUCCCGGUCCACUGGAGACCUUCAAUUAGCUGUCAUUUGGUACUUCUCUCCCAGUUCCACUAAAGCAACCUGGCUGAAGAUCCUGCAAAUAGACAAAAACAAUGUUGUAAAAUAUGGGGAUGAAUUUCACACCCUACGGAGAAAACAAAAAUUCUACCCCGAAAAAGUUUCCCAAGACUUGUUUCAGCUACAUGUUUUGAACAUGGAAGACAGUGAUCAGGGCAAAUACCACUGCGCUGUGGAGGAAUGGCUCUUGUCUACAAAUGGCACUUGGCUCAAGCUUGGAGAAAAGAAGUCAGGUCUGACAGAAUUGAAACUCAGGUCCACAGGAAGUAAGGUACGUGUUUCCAAAGGGUACAAGACAGAAAAUGCUACUGAGCAUGGAGAAGUGGCCAUCCACUGCAGCCUGGAGAGUUCUGGCAGCUCAGCUUCCCUGUUCUCUGUGAUGUGGUACCAGAACAGGGAAAAUUCUGGAAGGAAGAUGCUGGUGCACUUGCAGCAUGAUGGCUUGUUGGAGUAUGGUGAAGAGGGGCUCAGGAGCCAUCUGCACUGUUACCGUUCAUCCCCUACAGACUUUGUCCUGAAGCUUCAUCGGGUAGAGAUGGAGGAUGCUGGGCUCUACUGGUGCAGGGUGACAGAGUGGCAGCUGCAUGGCAGUCCAAGCAAGUGGGUCAACCAAGCAUCAGAUGAGUCACAGCAUAUGAUGCUCACGGUGCUGCCUUCAGAGCCCACAUUUCCUUCCAGGAUCUGCUCAUCAACAUCUUUACUCUAUUUUCUAUUGGUCCUCCCCUGCAUUCUGUUGAUUCUUCUGUCCAUUUCCCUCCUCUGCUGGUACCACAAGGCCAGGAAGUUGUCAGCCCUGAGUCUAAAAGCACAGAACGAAAAGGCUCUCUGGGUGAACUUGAAAGGGGCUGGUGACUGGACAACAAACCGGAGGGAAGAGGAAGAGGAAGACCAUUGAAUCCGGAGAGCUUCCAGCAGCUUGGGGAAAGUGCGGGCUUUGGAAUCAGACUGAGCGGCAUGUGAAUGUGAAUGAAUCCUGAUCCCGUCCUUCCUGGAGUCUGUGGCCUUAGGCAAGUUACCUAGGAAUCAGAGGGAGUAUUUAUUGAGCGCCUAUGUGGGGCCCCACACUGCUAAGUGUUUCUUCGUUGUAUUACCCUCAUCUACCCCUUGCAACUUCCCAGGAGCUAGAUGAUUUACCCUGUUUUUCACUGGCUGUACCUCACAGAGGUUCAGGGUCCCUGUCUGUAAGGAGAGAACCUCCCUCACACAGCGUCUUGGGUAUUCGGUGAGAUCGGAUGGCGAAGCCCAGGGUGAGAAUGCCCUCUACUCUCUCCUCCCUUAUGUCACUGACUCCCGGGAGAGCACUCCGAGUGGUCCAGUCACACUGGCUCUAGCUUCAUCUUUUGCUCCCAGAUAAGAGGUGUAGGAAGGGGCCUGAUGUCAGCAAGGCAAAAAGAUGUUGGGGAUAUGCUCUUCGUUCACAUCCGAUCUGCUUCCCAACGUGAGCAUGACUUCCUUCAAAGUAGAAAUCCCAUCUGUCCCUCAUCCCAUCUAUAAAUGCUACUCAAGAACAAGCUCUGCGAAGAGGGUGCCUGAUCCGUUUUGGCCCUUUGAUGAAAUUGUAAAGCAUUUUGUAGUCUGAGUUUCUUUCUUUUUUCUUUACCUUUACGUUUCCCUUUUCCUUCCUUCCUUCCUUUUUUCCUUUCUCUUUCUUUUCUCUAUUAGCAUUAGGUCAUUGCUUAAGGGAGAACUUUUUUUUUUUUUUUUAACAACAGUGCUCUAAUCAGCCCCCAAGGCCUCAUACCUCCCCUUCCUCCCCACUCCAAAAGAUCCAUCUGGGUCCUGGCUCUGAGCCAAUGCUUUAUUUUCUUUGACCUGACAGCAUUAGGUAGUAGCACAGGGCAUUGUGGUGGUUCUUUGGGGAAGGAGGAGGAACAGAGCCCCUGUCCUGUCUUCCCCCAGCAGGGGCUAGGAGCUCAGGGGAAGCAGCGGGUCAAGUCUGGUUCCUCAGGGUCCCCUGUUCUCAGCCAGGAACGGUUGGGGGAGGGGGAUGGUUGGGGAGUGUCAUGGCUUAAGGCUUUCAACAACUGGCCCCCAGGGUGUAACAGGUAUUCCCACUGGGCCUGAGGCCUCCUCAUCUUUGUUUCAAAAGCUGCUGGGGCCCUGUUGUAGCCAGAAUUGGAAAUCAAUCAGUACCACCUAACAGACUUGAGAAGAUGCAUCUAUUUGUUAUCUGCGUGACCAACAGGGUUGCUUUAGCACUUGCUAAUUUGCAUUUCCAAGGAGAGCAAUUUAUUUUUAAUUAUUUUACCAAGCACACACACGUCUCUCCAAACAUAAUUAGUUCCUUUGCAGGGGGAGCAUCGGUGGCUAUGAGAACUCCCAGUGUAGAGCUAUAGGUCCCUUCCGCUCAUCUCCCUUUAUAGGCUCAUUUAAAAUAUCCCAAGUGUUUCCUUAAAUGUGUCAAUAUAUUAGUCUCUUCUCAGGUAGGGUGGCAUAUUUUUCAGAAAACAAAGCUAAAGGUAAGACUUGUUAGAAAGUAUGAUGUCCCCUGCCUUCCCUCCCCCUCCCAAACCUGUAUUUUAAUUAGGAUUUUAAAGGGAAAGGGAGCAGAAUCGAGCCCCGUCAGAUAAUCAGAGUGGAUUCUGGUGCUGCCCCCUGCCUGGGGUCCUCUUUCCCCUGACCCCGUCCCUCUCUCCUCACCUGGGUCUGGCCCUUUUGGCUCAGAGCUCGCCGGCCACUUCUUCCUGUUUGAAUCCGGCCCAGACAUGGCACAGAGCAGACACUGAAAUGUCCAAGUGCGUCGCCCAGAGCCGAGCUUGGGAACGAUUAGAUUACUCCCCAGGGAACACCUCGUGCCCAGCCCCGGGAUUGGUGUGAGGGAUCCAGUGGGGACCCAGCCGGAUGCAGUUCCAUUCCCCUGGGGUCAUCAGCUUGUCCCUUCUGGCUGCUGGGCUCCUCAGCACACCAGGCAUCCUAAGAAGCCGUUUUGUACUAUUUGGCCCGUCGUGAAUUUUUAGGCAGCUAAACCCCAAGGUCGUCUUUUCUCGUUUCUGAACUGAAUAAAAUUUGUGUUCACCCAA